GACCUUCUCUUGUCCUCCCGCAUCCCAGCCCCCACCUCGCCGCCGCCGCCAACACCGGGCGAGUCCGGCGAGUUCCGGCGGCCCUCGCCGGAGCGCAACACACCCACGAGCUCCCCUCGUGGUGGUGCUUCCUUCCCUCCGUCCAGAUCCGCUCCUCACGGCCGCAAACGCUCGCUCACGCCACCCCUCCCCGCGGCUAGGGUUUCGGCUGCCUCCAACUCCGGCGCGACACCCUCCUCCAUGGACGAGGACAACCACCACGGCCCACACAUGGUCGAGCUCGCCGUCGUCUGCUCUGGUGCGGUGCUGGGCCAACGAUCUCCACCUCCACGGCUGCUAGCUCAGGCAACAGCAAGCCAUGUCAAGGGAGGGGAUUCUCAAGUCACCCCACGUCCAAUCCAUGGACGCCGUCCACAGAGGCACAUGGGAGUAAGCUCGAGCCACAGCCGAGUUCAGACUCUUCCUCUCACUUGGUGCUCCAUAGGAGGAGCAUGGUCUGCUGUGCCUCUCCCACCUCCUCAGCGCUCAGUAAGAUGGCCAAUGCCGCUUAGUACCAGGGUGUUGAUCACACAAUACAAGGUUACCAUUUUAAAUUGGUCUGGAAAUGGAGCUGAACCUAUCAAAAGGCUUCUGGUGUAUAGUUUCAGAGAUUUCAAGACGACGAGGAGGCUGCAAGAAAAGGCGGGCUGCGAAAGAAGGUGGACCAUUCUUUCUAAUCUGAACUGAAUUGGUGUUCUCAACAAUGAAUUUUCCAAGUUAUUGACUUUUGCAUCCUUUUAGUAGUGGCCAACACUCUAGCCAGAUUGAUUUCAUCCUCUCGAGAAGAGAAGAUAGGCGUGCGUGCCUAGACUGUAAGGUGAUACCUGGGGAGAGUGUUGUACCCCAGC